AUGCGCUCUUGCAUCCGUCGCUUUCGUCAGUCAGGUGUGUUUAUUUUCAUCUGCCUCCACGACAACGCGCGAGGGCGGCGUCGCCAAGGCCAGUCUCACGAGUCUCUCAGAACCGGUCGAGACAUCGACAAAACCCCGCAGCCUGACGACAGCGUCACGAGCAAACUGUGGCCAGACACGGACAACGACCGCUCGAGCGACAUCUGGUCUGAAUACCACGACAUCCGCGAAGACUAUCGCGCCAUCUGGCCCGAGUCCGAGUCAAAGGGAGAGAUGAACCACAGGUCAGAGCACUCUCUAGCCCGACCCUCUUGGCAGCUCCUGGUCAUGGUGCAUCUACCGCUUGCCACGACGAUAACCAUCGCCUCCCUCUUGAUGGCGCUUCCGAUCGGGCGGACAGUGGGCAAACGACUCGUAGAGAUCGUGAAUAUCGACCAGAGACAGGAAACCGGUUUCGCCAGCAGGGCACUGUGCAUGUCAGUGAGCGUGGCCGUGCACGUGGUGGUGGUCGUGGGCGUGGUCGAGGUCGUGGCUCUGGAUUUCUUCAUCCACGAAUUGGAGGAGAGCCGCCUCUGA